AUGCUCACCAACUACACUUCCACUACGACUUAUGGUAUCACGGACGACGAUAAUGUCACGUUCACGUCCACCAAUUACACUUCCGAAACGAUUUAUAGUUUAACGGCUGACAACAAUAUCACGGUCACGCCCACCAAUUACACUUCCGAUACAACUUUUGAUUCAACGGCUGACGACAAUGCCACCCUCGCAUUCACCACCCUGAGGACUUCAAGGGGACCACGUGAAUGCGCCGAACGUGUGUGCGGGAUUGUCUUGUUCCGCCUGAACACCCAGUUAGGACGAGCAAGCACUACUGGGAACUUGAAGCGGUAUGUGGUUGCUCUCGUGUUGAUCUUCGCUGUCCUAGUAUACGUGUUUGCUAGCCGGCAUAUACGGGCAAAGAAAGCUGAGGUAGUCAUGCCUGAUUCUUCUCCAAGAGCCAUGAGAACGGGCUCCAGUGCCAGCGCUCAACCAGAGGCUCAUGCUGUUUGA